ACACAUCUACUCUUGAUCUACCAGUGAGCUAACUCCGGAUAUAUAAACAGACCGAAAGUUUCGUAUCAGGGGAGCGUGAAAAAGGCUUCAGAAUUUGCCGGCGAGAAAAUGGCAGCACCUGGCCGCGCGAGCUCGGCGGCGCCGGCGCUCGCCGCCGCCGUGCUCGUCUCGCUCUGCCUCGCCGCGGUCUCGGAGGAAGAGCAACUGGAGAACCUGCGGUUCGUGCGGCACGCGCAGGACGCGCCGGCGGUGUCGAGCUACAACUACAUCGUGAUCGGCGGCGGCACGGCGGGGUGCCCGCUGGCGGCGACGCUGUCGGAGCACUCGCGGGUGCUGCUGCUGGAGCGCGGCGGCCUGCCGUACGCCAACAUGUCGAGCGAGCAGCACUUCACGGACGCGCUGGCCGACACGUCGCCGGCGUCGCCGGCGCAGCGGUUCAUCUCGGAGGACGGCGUGGUGAACGCGCGCGCGCGGGUGCUCGGCGGCGGGAGCUGCCUCAACGCCGGGUUCUACACGCGGGCCAGCAACGAGUACGUGCGCGCCGCCGGGUGGGACGCGCGGCUGGUGAACUCGUCGUACCGGUGGGUGGAGCGCUCGCUGGUGUUCCGCCCCGACGUGCCGCCGUGGCAGGCGGCGCUCCGCGACGCGCUGCUCGAGGCCGGCGUCACGCCCGACAACGGCUUCACCUUCGACCACGUCACCGGCACCAAGAUCGGCGGAACCAUCUUCGACAACUCCGGCCAGCGCCACACCGCCGCCGACUUCCUCCGCCACGCCCGCCCCCGCGGCCUCACCGUCCUCCUCUACGCCACCGUAUCCAGAAUCCUCUUCAGACGCCAAGACGGGGUGGCGUACCCGGUGGCGUACGGGGUGGUGUUCACCGACCCGCUGGGGGCGCAGCACCGGGUGUACCUCCGCGACGGCGCGAAGAACGAGGUGAUCGUGUCGGCGGGGACGCUGGGGAGCCCGCAGCUGCUGAUGCUGAGCGGCGUCGGGCCGCAGGCUCACCUGGAGGCGCACGGCAUCGAGGUGCUCGUCGACCAACCCAUGGUCGGGCAGGGCGUCGCCGACAACCCAAUGAACUCGGUGUUCAUCCCGUCGCCGGUGCCCGUCGAGCUCUCCCUCGUGCAGGUCGUCGGCAUCACCCGCUCCGGCAGCUUCAUCGAGGGCGUGAGCGGCUCGGAGUUCGGCAUGCCGGUCUCCGACGGCGCGCUCCGGUGGGCGCGCAGCUUCGGGAUGCUCUCCCCGCAGACGGGGCAGCUCGGCACGCUGCCGCCGAAGCAGAGGACGCCGGAGGCGCUGCAGCGGGCGGCGGAGGCGAUGAUGCGGCUUGACAGGAGGGCGUUCCGGGGAGGCUUCAUCCUGGAGAAGAUCCUCGGGCCGGUGUCCUCCGGCCACAUCGAGCUGCGCACCGCCGACCCGAGGGCGAACCCGGCGGUGACGUUCAACUACUUCCGGGAGGCGGAGGACCUGGAGCGGUGCGUCCAUGGCGUCGAGACGAUCGAGCGGGUCAUCCAGUCGCGGGCCUUCUCCAACUUCACCUACGCCAACGCCUCCGUCGAGUCCAUCUUCACCGACUCCGCCAACUUCCCCGUCAACCUGCUGCCCCGCCACGCCAACGACUCCCGCUCGCCGGAGCAGUACUGCAAGGACACCGUCAUGACCAUCUGGCACUACCACGGCGGCUGUCACGUCGGCGCCGUCGUCGACGACGACUACCGGGUGUUCGGGGUGCAGGGGCUCAGGGUCAUCGACAGCUCCACCUUCAAGUACUCGCCCGGCACCAAUCCUCAGGCCACCGUCAUGAUGCUCGGCAGGUAUAUGGGUGUGAAGAUUCAGGCCGAGAGAUGGAGGAAAUGAUGAACAAAAUAUGUAUUACCUUUGACCACUUCAGAGUAAAAAAAACAUGUGAUUCAGACAAAAGAAAAAUGAGUUAUACUGGCU